UCAGUCGCUGCAUGUGAGGACACACCUGGCACUGCUGAUCAUUGUCAAAUCCAAAGAGUUUCUGAGAAAAUGGAAAUUACAUGACAACUUUAAAUAAUCUGAGUUGGGGGCAUGGCAUCGGUACAUAGUACAUGGCAAGCCGUUUCGACAUUAAUUCCUUAAAACGUACUAGUAUCUGGAAGAACGAGUUGGCUGAAGUCUCGGUGGGCCAAAUGAUAUGUUUGUUUCUCGUCUUGUAAAACUCAUCAAACUUGUGUUUAUGUUUGUGAGCGCGUGAUCGGUGCUGAUUCGUCGCGCGUGGUGGUUUCGUUUUGCUCGAGCGCAAUGCAAGAUACUUCAUCCAUAUACUUUCCUUUAUUUUCCAGUACUGCAUAUGUGGCAGUGUGGAAUGCAGAGCCGAGCUCACAUGAAUGGAUCACGGAGACGGUCACCAUUUGAAAACCUAAACACCGAGAAUGACGUUGAUCCCGAUCGAUUAAUAUAAAGCUCGUAAGAAGUAAUGCAGGCCGUCGGAGAGAUGGAAAACAACAAGCCAAGCGACCAUGACAUUAUGGUGUUGACACAACAGCAGUCCGCUGUGACCCCGAAUGAAAACGGGGUCAUGAUGGUGAUUAACCACAGCAAAGUGCAUCCACCCUUCAGCGUGCUGUGGACAACCGUGCUGUACUGCGCGGAGUUCAUCUGCGCCUCUCUGCUCUGUAGCAUGUAUCAGAAGAGUGGAGACUCGGUGUGGAUGGGCCUGACUAUUACAUUCAUACUGGUGCCGUCGGUGCUGACACAGCUCACUCUGACGUUCGUGCACCGGGACUUGGGGAGAGACCGACCCCUUAUGCUCUUCAUGCAUCUGCUGCAGAUGGGCCCCAUUAUAAGGUGCAUUGAAGCUCUGAUUGUUUACUGUCAGGCUGGUAGAAAGGAGGAGCCGUAUGUGACCAUUUCAAGAAAGAUCAAGCUAAAGCAUGGCAGAGGUUUAGGCCCAGCCUUAGAAUGGGAGAUCGGACACUCCGAACGCAAGCUAGCCAUCCACCGUAAUGCCUUCAAACGCACAGCUGUCAUCCAGGCCUUCCUAGGCUCCACACCUCAACUCACUCUACAGCUCUAUGCUACCAUUCAGGAAAAAUACAUCCUUCCCACACGACUGGCCCUGAUGAUCAUUUCCUUGAUAUCAAUCACAUAUGGAGCAUUAGUUUGCAGCGUGCUGGCCAUUCAAAUCAAGUAUGAUGACUACAAAGUGCGAAUGAAACCUGCUGCCUACCUGUGCAUGAUCCUCUGGCGAGGGUUAGAGAUUGCCACACGGAUCACCACCCUGGUGCUCUUCAGCACAGCCUUCACAUACUGGGUGGUACUGGUGGGCUUGAUAAACCUGUUCAUCUUCUUCUUCCAACCAUGGGUCGAAUUCUGGGUCAGGAGGGCAUCGUUGCCUGAGAACAUAGAGAAGAACUUCAGUAAACUGGGCACCACCGUGGUGCUCUGCAUGAUCACAUUCCUCUACGCAUGCAUCAAUAUUUUCUGUUGGUCGGCUGUACAGUUGGACCUGUCCGACCAUGACCUUCUGGAGAAGCAGCCUCGCUGGAGACGCUUGGCAAUCUACUACACCCUGCGGUUCAUGGAGAAUGUCACCCUCAUUGUCUUGUGGUACUACUCUAAGUCUGACUUCUACGAAUAUGUGUGCACGCCAGUGCUGGUGGUGCAACUCAUUGUGUGCUACAGCCUAGCUGUGCUCUUCAUGCUGCUCUUUCAUCAGUUCUGCCAUCCGUGCCGCAGACUCUUCCAUUACAACGUCGAGGACUGUCUACGUUGUGCGUGCUGCUGGAAGAGAAAGCGACCCCAGCCACCCAUGGACCACACAGUUGCUCUUGCCUCUCAGGACUACGAGCCUCCUGACCUCACUAGCCACCCAGCGGAUGGAGAAACAGAGAUUGUGAAUGAUAUUAUGGAGGCGGCUUAGAAGAGGUUUGCUGUUCAGCUACUGUAGCGCUGUAUGGGGCCAUGCUAGGCGUUUUUGCACAUAUCCAGACUCAGGAGUAUUACAGUAUAUUGAAGUGUAGCAUCAUAAUAGUGAUUAAGCACCAUAACAAUGUGAUACAUUGGUGUUGGGAGUGUAGCUCAUCAUUUAUUUAUGGUAGAGCGCUGAUCCUUUUCUGCUUGUUGGCUGUUGAAAACCAAAGAAUGUCCUCUGAGUUAUGCAGUAACAAUGCACAAUGGAAGCCUUCAGAAAAAAGCUGUAUGACCAGACCAGGUGUGUGGGAAAUGUGCCAAUGUGUCCAGCUCACAAGAGCUACGAAACUGGCAGGUUUUGGCACUGCUAUCUUCAGAGGAACCAUGAAUGAACAAGCCAAGAAGCCUCGAAAGUUUUCUUAAGUUUGCCUUAUUUUAACCUUGAAAUUUUGAAAGCCUUUAAUGUUAUUAAUUAUAUUGCAUUUGCCUUAAUAUUGUGACAUUUUGCAAUAGUGUGCCUAAAAAGACUAAUAUAGUAAACAGUGCUGUUACAUUUUCACUGCCAAAAGCGAUAUCUGUUGGUUUUGUUUUGCACAGGAAUGUUGUGUUUUGCCUGAGUUAUGUGCCUUUUUACUACUGACAUUCAUUCAAUUAAUAAAGAUGCUUUGAAUGUCAGACUCAUGCCUGAUUCUGAUUUUACAGAAUACUGAGCUCAUUAAAUUCAUAAUAUAAAUGUAUUCUGGUUAAUCCUGCAAAAAAACUGUCUGGGUCAUAUUUCAUCUCAAAAUAUUCUUACAUAAUGCCAUAAUGUGAAAAGCCUCAAUUUCAUUACUGUAAUGUGGGAAAAAACAUGAAUCUUGGUAGUAUUCAUGCUUAAACUUCAGGCACUGUGGACUUCUAAUAAGUAAAGCUUUGUUAAAACAUUUGUCACACUGCCACAAAUUAUUAAAAUGUAUCUACUAACAGUUUAUGUACAUGGCAAAAAAUUAAAAAAAUCUUUUGUGUUGCUAUAUUUAUGAAAGUUAUAGAAAUUCUUACCACAGUGUGAUUUCCAUCAUCUGUAUCCUUUUAAAUAGAAUUCUGCAGUGGUGAAUUAUGGUGAAUUACAAAAUGACAUUUUUAAUGUUUUGGAAAUAAAAUGGCCAACUCCUUUGUCUCGCUAAAGAUAUCGUUAAAAAUUAAUGUAUCAUAAUUAAACACUUCUAAAUAAUAUUUUCCCACUUUUUGCAUAAUUUGGAAAAAUUAUAGAUUGAUUGUAAAUGACGCCCAAUAGAAAUACUCUGCUCUACCUUGAAUUUACAAGUGAAAAAUCACUUGUCUCAUAUGUCCUCUCAAGCAAGAUUUUCACUGACACUUCUGUGAGACAGUUGUCAUUUCUAAAAGAUGUUUGUGCUUUAUGUAUAUUUCAGUAUUUGUUUAUUAUUGUAUCAUAAAUGAUCACAUUUUUAACCAUGAAAUCAUUUGUAUUUUUAUAAUGGAUUUUUAUAGUUUACUAAUCAAAUCUUUAUAUAAAAGGCAUUUGAAAGGAACCAAAAAUAAAAGAAGACAUGGUAAAAAGUUUCCUAGUCAGUUUUAAUGAGCCUUCAUAAAUGACAAAAAUUAAAGAGUUGGAAUCUGUCUGUUUAAAUAAAAGUUGAAGAAACACAUUUCUACAUCAUGGUAGUCUACAGUAUUUGUUGUACAGGCUACCCUCUGCAUUUAUGCUCCUAUUCAAAAUAAAAAUUAAUUGUAUUAUUGGAAUAUUUUCUGUCAUACAGUAAAGAAAAUGUAUUACAAUAAUGAGAAACAAUCUGACAAUUGAAAAAAAAUAAAUAAAUAAUUAAAACCAUUAAAGUUGGUGAGCGUUUACAUUUCAUAACCUCGUGCAAUGGCCGAACCCAUUGUUUCCCGUCAAGCGUGUAUGAAGACCCGUCUAGUUUUAUAGCCAUAUUAACCCAGCUGUGAUAGUUUAUUCUCGGGAGUUUCCAUUAUGC